AUGACUAGAGACACCCAAGCCAAGAUCGACGAGCUCAAGGGCUCCCACUCCUCUGUCGAGAUCGAGUAUUUCUCCACCGGGGAAGUUUCCAAGACAAGCCCGAAGCAGCCCUGCUCCACCCGUGGACACAACCAGGCCCCACUCCUCGACGGCGAACUCAUGAAACCUCGAUCCCAGCAGGUUCUCAAAGGCCUAGCUGGAGCCCUGAAUGACCUAGCCAGUGAGAAGAAGUGUACUCGCUGCACCGUGGAGGAUCUCGCGACUCAGAUUACGGGUCAUGUCCGAGAGAUGCGGGAGGCUAAGCGCAACGGAGAGUGGACCAAGGAGGAAAGAAAGGCGAUGAAGGCCGAGUUCAAAGCUGUUUUCAAGCCCAUGAAGAAGGAAAUCAAGGCUUUGUGGAAGGCAAAUUAA